AUGCCAUCCCACCACAUAUCCGACACAAUCCAGAUCAACUACACGAUCCACCAACCCGCGACCCCUGUGGACCCGCCUCAACCAUGGAUCAUCCUCAUCAACGGCCUCGCCGACCCGCAACAGACCUGGGCGACUCAAGUCCCCGCCUUCACAACAGCAGGAUACACGGUCCUCACGUACGACAACCGCGGCAUCGGCCUAUCGUCCCGCUCUGUGGCAGACCAUGAAGUCUACACCGCCGCCACCAUGGCGUCGGAUCUGCGGCAGUUGAUCACUUCUCUACAUGUGCCCAAGCCGUACCACGUCCUGGGAGUGAGCAUGGGCGGGAUGAUCGCCCAGACGUACGCCCUGACGUACUGUCUUCCGGGUUGCGUCGACGGCGGGGGCAAAACUGAGAGCGCAGGCGAAACUGAGACUGGGAGGGCGAGCGAAAUCCUAACACUCACACUAGCGUGCACGUACGCCGCCCCCGGCCCGUUCUGCAGCCGCAUGUUCGCGCUCUGGCGCGACAUGGCCCAACGGAUGAGUGUCGCGGACGUGAUGCGCGACGUGGCGCUCUGGGCCUUCACGCCUGCCUUUUUCGCGGACGAGAGGAGGCGCGAAGACGUGGCAGCUAUGGAGGCCGAGAUGGCGCAGAUUGAUAGCGAUAUGGGUCUGCGGAGUUAUCUCGCGCAGUUGAAUGUUAUUACCUCGUUCGAUACGCGGGGGGUGGUUGGGAGGUUAGGUGGGAAAGGGGGAAACCGCAAGGGGAUGCAGGUUGUGGUCCUUGUCGGCGAGGCAGACAUUUUGAUCCCCGUGGGGUUGUCGCGCGAGUUGCAUGCCUUGAUUGAAGGGAGUGUGUUUGUGAGUACGCAGGGUGGACAUGCUUGCAUGUGGGAGUUUCCUGAGGCGUUCAACGCGGCGUGUUUGGACGUGUGGAGGCGAGCGAACGACUGA